GAAAAAUAAGUACAAUUCAUUCAUUUAAAUUGCUCAAAUUGCUGUUUAAUUCCUUCAUUUAAAUCCCAAAUUGCUAUUCUAUAUCUAGACUAUUUCUCCUUCAAAACAGAUCUUGUUCCUCUUCCGUCUGUCGUCUUACUCUUAAUUGUAAAUCAUGGAGGAUAAAGAUAAGACAAUUGAACAUGAAGAUUCAGUACCAUCCACAGAGAUGAAUCACAUAGCCUCUGUAUAUCAAGAAACACAGGAGCAGACAGUUAUGAACCUCAAAGGCAUAGAUGGAAAUGAACCAACAGAAGGAAGUAACCUAUUGAAUAAGGAAAAAAGGCUGCAGGAAACACCGACUGAAUCAACUCAUUUGCAAAGCCUAAGACAGAUAUUUGCUUGCCCUCCACAUGCUUUACUGGAUAGAGUAAUAACAAAUGUUACCAUCUUUGUUCUUCUGUGGGCUGUAGUUUGGUCAAUUGCCAGCAGUGAAUGUCUUCCUGGAGGAAACCUAUUUGGAAUUAUAAUCCUUUUCUAUUGUGCCAUCUUUGGAGGUAAACUUUUGGGACUCAUUAAGUUACCUACAUUGCCUUCACUGCCUCCUCUUCUUGGCAUGCUGCUUGCUGAAUUUCUCAUCAGAAAUAUCCCUGUCGUCAGUGAUAACGUACAGAUCAAGCACAAGUGGUCUUCCACUUUGAGGAGCAUAGCGCUGUCCAUCAUAUUAGUUCGUGCUGGCCUUGGGCUUGACCCACAGGCCCUGAGGAAGUUGAAGGGAGUCUGUGUAAGAUUAUCCAUGGGUCUCUGUCUUGUGGAGGCAUGCUCAUCUGCCCUUCUUGCCCACUUCCUAAUGGGUUUACCAUGGCAAUGGGGAUUUAUACUGGGUUUUGUCUUAGGUGCUGUAUCUCCGGCUGUCGUGGUGCCUUCAAUGCUCCUUUUGCAGGAAGGAGGCUGUGGUGUUGACAGAGGUGUCCCAACCUUACUCAUGGCUGCUGGCAGCCUUGACGACAUUCUGGCCAUCGCUGGCUUCAACACGUGCUUGGGCAUGGCCUUUCCCACAGGAAAAUUCUCAAAUAUGCUUGUAGCAGAGGUUGAAAAAAUUAUUGGUGCCUGGGGCGUCUUCCAGCCCCUUCUCUUUGGACUGAUUGGAGCAGAGGUAUCUAUCGUAUCUCUCAGAUCAGAAACUGUAGGCCUUUGUGUUGCCACCCUGGGCAUUGCAGUAUUGAUACAAAUUUUGGCUACAUUUCUGAUGGUGUGUUUUGCUGGUUUUAACGUAAAGGAAAAGAUAUUUAUUUCUUUUGCAUGGCUUCCAAAAGCCACAGUCCACGCUGCAAUAGGAUCUGUGGCUUUGGACACAGGGAGGUCACAUGGAGAGAAACAGUUAGAAGAAUACGGAAUGGAUGUGUUGCCAGUGGCAUUUUUGUCCAUCCUCAUCACAGCCCCAGUUGGAAGUCUCCUCAUUGGUUGGCUGGGCCCCAGACUUCUCCAGAAAGCUGAACAUCAAAAGAACGAUGAAGAAGUUCAAGGAGAGACUUCUGAACAAGUUUAGACGUGAAAAGAGAGAAUGCUGAAUAUAAUGAUUAGAAAGCUACUACCAGAGGCUACUUUUAUUAAGAUGGAUAUUGAAAUAUUUAACAUUUAAGCUUAAAA